UUUUUGUAAUAAUAUUUGCAUUAAUUACUGUUGGUACCAGAUAUCGCUAUAUGCUUGGUUCUGAUGAAGAAAAUAGUGUCGAAUUUGCAUGGUUUAUGCUGUGUUAGGUUUUUCAUCUGUCCAUAUUUGCAUGGUUUUAUCUACCGCAUAAAGAUUUGCAUGCGGAGGUAGAUCUUGCCAUCCAUUCUACCAUCACAACUCCAUCUUGUACGUCAUUUCCAUCCCAACCAACAUAUCCUGUCCCGCAUAGAAAUCUCUAUACAUCUCGAAGCAGAAACAUUUCCAUCUCCCGAAAGGAACAGCCCACCGAUUGAUGCCAAAACGAGUCGAGACGAAGACCCGAUCGAUCGAGAUCCAGAUCCAGAAUGGCGGAGUCCACGAUGGCAGCGGCUGCGGCGGCGGAGAGGAAGAAGCAGCUUUUUAUCCUCUCCGGGCAGAGCAACAUGUCCGGACGGGGCGGCGUGAAGAGCCGCCAUUGGGACGGCGUCGUCCCGCCGGAGUGCCGCCCAAACCCCUCCAUCCUCCGCUUCUCCGCCGGAUCCCGAUGGGAGGAGGCCCGCGAGCCCCUCCACGCCGACAUCGACACCUCCAAGACGUGCGGCGUCGGCCCCGGCAUGGCCUUCGCCAAUGCCGUCCCCCGCCGCCGCCGCCGCCGUGGAGGGGGCGGAGGGGUCGUCAUAGGGCUGGUGCCGUGUGGUGGGGGCACGGAGAUAAGGAAGUGGGAGAAGGGAUCGAGGCUGUACGACGAGAUGGUGAGGAGGGCGAAGGAGGCGGCGGAGGGCGGCGGCGGAGCGGAGAUCAAGGCGGUCCUGUGGUACCAGGGGGAGAGCGACGCGGCCUCGGAGGACUUGGCUAACGCGUACAAAGCUAAUAUGGAGAGGCUGAUCCGGGACGUCCGAUGCGAUCUCCAGUCUCCAUCGCUGCCGUUCAUCCAGGUUGCUAUUGCAUCAGGAGAUGGGCAUCACAUUGAGAAGGUGAGAGAGGCUCAACUGGGGAUUGAUAUGCCCAAUGUUGUUUGUGUGGAUGCUAAAGGGUUACCACUUAAUGAGGACCACUUGCACCUGUCCACCGACGCACAAGUCUUGCUUGGCAAUAUGCUGGCCCAAGCAUAUAUCAAGCACUUUCUGGCACCUUAUAAUUAGAUGAGAUACCAAGUCCAAAUAAGGCUUACACCAUUGGUUGUUGGUUGUUAAUAUUCCAUUUGUUGGAAUCUUGUACCAUACUUAUCGACUCGGCCUCGUAUAACUCCAAAUCUGAUUUUAUUCAUAUCCUAUAGUUUAGUAUGUUGCUUCAUCAUGAUUAGUAGAGCACAUGAAGAAUUUGUGUUUAAUCUUUUGAUACCAAUGCUGGUGGCUGUGUAAAGAAGAAUCUAUGUUAGAAAUGGCCUGUCAAUUAAUGGAUCAAUGCAUCCACCUUGCCGG